AGGAAAAUAUUCAUGCCAAUAGCCCAACCCAAUCGCUUUGCCUUCGGUUCAUUCUCCUCCUCCUCCUCCUCCUCCACAGAGAGAGAAACAUUAAAAAACAUGGCGGCUUUGACUACAUUAACGCCUUGCCAAGCCACCUCGCAUUUUAAUAUUAGAAUUUCCCAUUAUUAUAAUCAAAAGCAAAACCAAAAUCAAAAUGUUUAUAUUAAUCAGACUAAAAGCAUUCAUAAAGCGAAGUCCUCUUUGCUUAGUUUUGCUUUCUCUUCUCUUUCUGCAAAAUCCACAUCAGUUAUCCCAGCUACUCAUUUCUCUACUUCAGGCAGUAGCAGCUCAUGGUUGCAAGAUAACACCAUGAAUCUUGAUGCUAGUAGUAGUGGCAGUGGAUUAAGGGAGGGUCCAAUAUAUUCGGUUUUUCCUGCAAAACCUGCAGAAGUUUCCUCUGUACAAGACCUUUAUGAAUUCAUAUGUUCUGGUCCUCUUAUGGACAAAGUGGGACUGACUGCUGAAAAGGUGGCUGAAUCCAUUGACAAGUGGUUGUUUUAUGGAUCAAAGCUUUGUCGGUUGUUUCAGCUUAAUGAACUUUACCUUACUGUUCCUGAGAAAGCAAGGUUUUAUCACUAUUACAUACCAGUCUUUUUAUGGUGCGAAGACCAGAUAUCAGAACACAGGUCCAAGUUUAAAGAUGGGGAAGAGAUUCCUCCCUUAGUGAUUGGUUUCAGUGCACCACAGGGUUGUGGAAAGACGACACUUGUCUUUGCUCUAGAUUAUCUUUUCAGGAUCACUAACAGGAAGUCUGCAACAUUAUCCAUUGAUGAUUUCUAUUUGACAGCAGAGGGUCAGGCCAAACUGAGGGAAGAGAACCCAGGAAAUGCACUUUUGGAGUUACGUGGAAAUGCUGGGAGCCAUGAUCUUCCAUUCUCUGUUGAAACACUGACAGCUCUAACCAAGUUGACUAAAGAAGGCAUGAGGAUGAAGCUUCCCCGAUAUGAUAAAUCUGCAUAUAGAGGUAAGGGUGACAGAGCUGAUCCUUCAGUAUGGCCAGAAGUUGAAGGGCAGUUAACGGUUAUUUUAUAUGAAGGCUGGAUGCUUGGGUUUAAGCCCCUUCCUGCUGAAGUUGUUAAAGCUUUUGACCCACAGCUGGAAACAGUAAAUAAAAAUCUUGAAGCAUAUUAUGAUGCAUGGGACAAGUUCAUUAAGGCAUGGAUUGUUAUCAAAAUUCAGGACCCAAGUUGUGUCUACCGGUGGCGUCUGCAGGCUGAGGUUGCCAUGAGGGAGGCUGGGAAACCUGGAAUGUCUGAUGAAGAGGUGGAAGAUUUUGUGUCACGUUAUUUGCCGGCUUACAAAGCUUACCUUCCAACCCUGUACUCGGAAGGACCAAAUGGAUCAGAUCCAAACCAUCUCCUCGUAAUUGAAAUUGAUGAAGGGAGGAAUCCCAUCUUAUUUGAGUAGUAUUUGAUCCUUCACAUGUUUAGUGCGUCUCCCUGUACUUUCUUGUAAAUUAUGUUUUUGUUUGUUCAUGUUUAAUUUGAAAUUCUGUGUUUAUAUUACUUAAACUAAAUAAUCAUAUUCUUGAACAUUAAAUUAAA